GCAUCUUUUACUCUUGUUUAGUUGUUUUGUAAUAAUUGUUCCUAAUUAUUCAAGGGCUGUUGCUGUUGUCACUUGCAUGUGCAUAUUUUACAGAUAAUAUUAUUGAAUAAGUUACUAUACUACUUACAGUCAUAAAGACUCAGUAAAUUACCUUGACAUGUCCGAGUCUGUAGGAAGAGGAAGGGCCCGUGGUCGGGCCGGGAGGGGCGGUGAUAAUGCCGGUCCUCCACCGCGUCGACCUGGCGAGGCACCGAGACCUGGUACUCAGCAACCAGUCCCUACAGGCCCUCGGCCACAACCGCCUACUCCAUGGGGACCCCCUACGGCACAAGCAGGCAGAGCCUCACACAGAUCCACUCCAUCCACUCAUCAAGAGCAUCCUGGUGAUGUAGAUGUGCAACAGAGAAUGCAAGCAAUGCAGAUUGCUGCUACAUCGCAACCAACCCCUGCUGGCGAUCAAGGAGCCGGGGUAAUCGGGCGUGGCUCACGACGUGGUGGAGGCAGGGUGCUGCCAGAACAAAUGGUCAUUUUGCGUACACGCCCCAGUACCAUCCAAUCUAAAAAGGGUACUACUGGCAACCUCAUUGACCUCAAAGGCAAUUAUUUUAUGGUCAAAACUACACCACAGUGGCGUCUGUACCAGUAUCAUGUUGAUUUUUCUCCGGAAGAAGACAGCACCCACAUUAGAAGGGCACUUAUGCGUGUCCAUGCUAAAACUCUGGGCGGGUAUUUGUUUGAUGGCUCAGUGCUGUACACAGUCAAAAGAUUACACCCAGAUCCCCUGGAGUUGUACUCUGAUAGGAAGACUGAUGACCAAAGGAUGAGAAUAUUGAUAAAGCUUACUUGUGAUGUCAUCCCCGGAGACUACCAUUACAUACAGAUAUUCAAUAUCAUAAUAAGGAAAUGCUUCCAAAUAUUGAAUCUGCAGUUGAUGGGCAGAGAUUACUUUGACUCUGAGGCUAAGGUUGACAUCCCUGAGUAUCGCCUUCAAAUUUGGCCUGGAUACAAAACUACUAUCAAUCAAUAUGAAGAUCACCUGUUAAUGGUUACUGAAAUUACUCAUAAAGUUCUUCGCCUUGACACUGUUCUGCAAAUGUUAAGUGACUAUGCUGCAAGUAAAGGGGGAAAUUACAAAAAGAUAUUUUUGGAAGAUAUUGUGGGCAAAAUAGUAAUGACUGUUUACAAUAAAAAGACAUACAGAGUUGACGAUGUUUCAUGGCAAGUGUCGCCUAAGUCCACAUUCAAAAUGAGAGAUGAGACCAUCACAUACAUGGAUUAUUAUAAAAAGAAAUACAAGAUCAAUAUUCAUGAUACUGACCAGCCUUUGUUAAUCUCGCGCUCCAAACCACGUGAUAUUCGUGCUGGAAUGCCUGAGUUAGUAUAUUUGGUACCAGAACUGUGCCGUCAGACUGGACUGACAGACGAGAUGCGCACCAACUUCAAGCUGAUGAAGGCACUUGAUGCCCAUACCAAAAUUGGCCCAGAUGUUCGCAUACAAAAACUGAUGGCAUUCAAUCAAAGGCUGACUAGAAACCCAGAAGUUGUUAAGGAAAUGGCUGACUGGGACCUUAGUUUAUCAACUGAACUGGUCAAGAUUAAAGGUCGUCAACUACCGCCAGAAAAUAUUGUGCAAGGCAAUAACGAUCGUUAUCCAGCUGGAGACACUACCGAAGGGUGGACCCGUGAUAUGCGAUCAAAGCCCUUGUUGGAGAUUGCUCAACUGCCGUCUUGGGUGGUUAUAACUCCAGAGAGGCAGCGUCGUGAAGCUGAAGGCUUUGUAGACUUGAUUAUGAAAACAGCUGGAGGUGUAGGUUUCCGUAUGCCUCGACCAGAAGUAGUUACUAUCCGGUAUGACAGUCCCAUUGAAUACGCAAAUGCCUGUGAGAAUACCAUUGCGCGUAAAAAUCCUGCCAUGAUCCUGGUCGUUCUAGCUCGUAAAGUUUCUGAUCGCUAUGAGGCAAUUAAAAAGAAGUGCACCGUGGAUCGUGCGGUCCCGACGCAGGUUGUAUGCGCACGAAACAUGACAUCCAACUCAGCUAUGUCUAUUGCCACUAAAGUAGCUAUCCAGAUUAACUGCAAGCUUGGUGGUGCUCCAUGGAGAGUCGACAUACCUCUCCAAAACAUACUCGUUAUAGGUUACGAUGUUUGCCACGACACACGCUCCAAGGAGAAGAGUUUUGGUGGAUUUGUUGCUUCAAUGGAUCGCUACUUGACGCGUUACUUUUCAGCUGUUAACUCCCAUACUUCUGGAGAAGAAUUGAGCUCCCACAUGAGCUUUAAUGUUGCAUCAGCACUCAAAAAGUUCAGAGAAAUUAAUGGAACAUUGCCAAGCAGGAUUUUCAUAUAUCGCGAUGGCGUCGGUGAAGGACAAAUCCCUUAUGUUCACUCUCAUGAGGUGGCAGAGAUAAAGAAGAAAUUGAAUGAAGUUUAUGCUGAUUCAGAAUAUAAAAUGGCUUUCAUCAUUGUAUCAAAGCGCAUCAAUACGCGUAUCUUUUUGGAUCGUGGGCGUGGCGAGAACCCGCGGCCUGGUACCAUUGUCGACGAUAUAGUUACUCAACCAGAACGCUACGACUUUUAUUUGGUGUCGCAAAAUGUGCGUGAGGGCACAAUAUCUCCAACGUCAUACAAUGUUAUUGAGGAUUCCACAGGACUGCAUCCUGAUCGGAUGCAAUGGUUGACAUACAAAAUGACCCACCUGUACUAUAAUUGCUCUUCGCAAGUACGCGUCCCCGCUGUGUGCCAGUACGCACACAAGCUCGCUUUCUUGGCGGCCAACAGCCUACACAGCCAGCCGCAUUAUUCUUUAACUGACACAUUAUAUUUCUUGUAAAUGAAAAGAUAGGUAUAGGUAAAUGCCUAAUUUUUUCGACAUUUUUUUAUUAUAUUCUGUGAUUCGCGUUAUAAUCUCAAAAUUGUUUGAAAAGUUUUCAUAGUAACUUGUUCCAAUCUAUGUAACAAGUAUCGAACAUUGUGUGAAACUACAUAUAAAUUAGCUAUAAGAAAAUACGUGACUGCUUAGAUUGUAAGACGUUGGACCGGGUUUUAAUAUUGAAUAUUAGACCUUUACCUCUCGUCUGCCGCUAUAUGAAACAGCAAAAUAUCAAGUCUCGCUUGUUACAUUUCGGCAGAAACAGGGUUAUAACUCUAAAUUCUGUGGAAUUUAGUAAAAAUAUGACAUGGAUCAUUAUUAUUAGUAGUGUGUACUGUAUGUACCAAAAUAAGUAUAGUAAGCUGGGUUUGAUUAAUUCAUACCCCCCUUUUAUUUUUUUUUCUUAAUAGUUUGUAAGUUUUUUUUAUUAUCAUUUUAUAUCUCUUCCUCAUCUCGAAGAGCACGGUAUUCACCCGGGCCAAUAGCUCUGGACAAAUUCGAAGACGAGAGCGGCUUCUGACUCACCCUCAGAAAACUGCAACCUCACUACCACUAGCGGGAUUACCACGCUGAAAACGGUUAGUGUUUCGUCUACUAUCGUAGGAAGACAUCCUGAGUUUAACAAGUUCUACUUUAAUUUAAAAUUGUCAUAAAAGUAAUAAUUACCAUUAUUACUUUUUUUUUUCCUGACUAUGACUACCUCCAAUACACUGUGUUAACACGUGCUAGUCACGCCACCACCGAUUUAAGUUUGAUUUGAGUGAAUGUGAUUAGUAUAGUGGUUGAAGAUGAUUAUGGUCUGUGGUUCAGUUCCCAUAUAAAUUUCCCACCUGUGACAUUAAUAUGUUAUGUUUACAUAAUCAUAACAAUCUGUUCCUACAAAACAUUUUGACAUGUUAUUUUUUGUUUUGCAUUUUUACAUAGUACAAGCUACUUUGUGGCCUUUAAGAAUAUUUAGAAACUGCCGCGGGCAUUUCUAAUCUUUUGGUAAAAUGUUGCCAUAUAUUUGCCAUGGGCAUAUAAGUUUAUUUUUGAUAGUUUAGAUAGUGUUAACUUUUUUAACUCUAGAGUUUAUAUCAUAUUACUCAUGACAUUCCAAAUGAGUAUUAUUUUUAUAAUAGUCCACUCUCUUACUUUCGUUUUUGUAAUCCAUUCGAUUAAGAAAGAUCUGUUUACUGACUGGCAGUGGAUGCGUUCGAAUAUUCUCCAGACUGCAAGUCCUAAUAUACCUAGCUAUUUUAAGUAAAUACGGUGCUUGUCAGACUUUAGUUUUACUAAUAUGUAAGUAAUGACGAGGGAGCGGAUUAUUACCUCUAAAUUGGCAGCAACCAAAUACCUUUUUGUACUUAUUACAUUUUCUUAUUAUA